AUGAAAUUAAUCUUGUGUAGUUCCCGACGUUCAUCAUCACCAUCACCAUCGCCAUCACCAAUCUUCAAGCUACGUGCUGGUAGACAUUGGAGAAAGGCAGCUGUUGUAGGUUGGUUGAUAGCAUUCUUCAAACAGUUCUAUGGAUCAGUGACCGAGUCAGACUAUGUGACCCUACGGUAUGGUUUUGUACAGCUUCUCCUUCUAGUGGGUGCUAAAUUAGAGCACAUUAUUACCCGCUUGGCGAAAGAGGUUGCAGAGACAACGACAGGGGCAGUGAAACCUUCUGAUGAACAUUUCUGGUUUGGCCGACCGCGCAUUGUUCUUUACCUGAUUCACUUCAUCAUGUUUGAAAAUUCGUUUGAGAUUGCCUUCUUCUUUUGGAUCUGGACCACAUAUGGAUUUCAUUCAUGCAUCAUGGACAAAGUGGACUACAUCAUCCCAAGGCUUAUUGCAGGGGUGAUUGUUCAAGUGCUUUGCAGCUACAGCACCUUACCUUUAUAUGCUCUUGUGACACAGAUGGGUAGCAUGUAUGGAGAAGGCAUCCUUAGUGAGUCUAUGAGAAACGCAGUCAAGGAUUGGGCCGUUGAAGUAAAGAAAAGAAAAAGGCAAAAGUGGUCAUGGAAAAAGGCUUUCCGUAUACCACAAAAAUUAUCGUUGACAAGAACGAAAAAGAAUACAUCUUUCAUCACGAAUUCAAGUGAGACCCAUAAUAUGGCGAAAGAACGGUUUGAAAAUGUUCAUAUCAAAGAGUACAGUACAACUGUUGAUGAAGCAAAUAUGACGUCGGUAAUUGAGAUUUCUUGUGUCGACCAAAGUCAAGUCAUCCCUUUGGAUUGUCCAUAA